AUGAAUACUAAAGCUACCUAAUAAUAAUAAAAUUAAGACGAAGAACCCUAGUGGACAACUAAAAAAAUAAACCAGUUCAUUAUCGUAAACCAUCUAUUAGGAAAAGGUGCUUUCGCGAAAGUUUAUAGAGGUUUUUUCGAACAAGAUGAAAAUAAACAUGUUGCUGUAAAAACACUUUAAAUAAAAGCAAUGAAAGAUUUUGCGAAUGUAUUUGAUUUUAUAAAACGAGAAAUUUUCAAUUUAUAAAUGCUAGAUUCCCCUUUUAUUGUAAAAUUAUACGAUAUAGCCCGUACAUAAAAUAAUCUAUAUAUGUUUUUAGAAUAUUGUUAAGAUGGAGAUUUAAAAUAAUAUUUAAAGAAAAAAUAAGAUAGAAGACUUACAGAAAAUGAAGCUUUAAUAUUUUUAAUAUAAAUAAUAAAUGCAUUUAAAUAAUUAAGAAAAAACAAUAUAAUACACAGGGAUAUAAAACCAGCAAAUAUACUUUUAAACGAUGGAAUUGCAAAAGUAACAGAUUUUGGAUUUUCAAGAGUUAUCGAUGAUGAUUAUCCUAUAUUAAUGUCAAGAUUGGGACCUCCUUUAUAUAUGGCUCCUUAGAUCUCAGAAGGGAUACCUUUUAGCUAUAAGAGCGAUGUAUGGAGUGUUGGGAUUGUUCUUUAUGAAAUGCUUUAUGGUUUCACACCCUGGAGUGCAACAAAUUAAACUUAAUUAUUAAUAAAUAUAAAAACAAUUGCUUUAAAAUUUCCAGAACAUCCUAAAAGAUAAAAACAAUUAAAAAUUCUAAUUAGAAAUAUGUUAUAAUACGAAGAAUAUGAUAGAAUUUCAUGGGAAGAAGUAUUCUAAUUUGAAUUCAUAUAGAUAUUAGAAUAAUAAAAUAUAUAUAAACCUAUUUAAAAUUUUGAAGUAAGUUUAAAUUUAAACGAAUUAUAUAUAAAAAGAAAUUUAGUAGCUGGUUAUUUUUCAUUAAAUACAGAUUAAAAUAUAAUGAAAAAUUAAAAUAAUAUUAAUGAAAAUUAAAUAGUAAAUUAAUUUCCUGAAAAAAAUAAAGAAGCAUUAAAUUAAAUAAUUCAAUAAUAGAAACAUAAUGAUUCUAUUAGAAAAACAAUUCUUAAAAUAAAUGAUUAUUUUCUUUAUGAAAGAAAUAUAUCUUUCUUUUGUAAUUUUGUUAUUUAAAAAUGUGUUCUUUUAUUUAAUGAAGGAAAAUUUCCUGUUUAACCUGAUCUUUAUUUUAGACUUUGCUUUUGUAUUUCGAAAUAUUAAAAUAUUUAAUUAGUUAAUAUUAAUAGUUUUCUAAAAAGUACCAAAUCGGAUACAUUUGACUAAUAAAUGUGGAUAAUUUAUCUUAAAUCAUAAGAAUAUUCUAAAACUUUAGGAGUUAUUAAAGCUGAUAUUGCUUUUUCAACUAAUAUUUUCGAUGAGCUUUAUAAAAAAACUAGCGAAUUAAUUAAUAUAGAAAUUUAAUAAUAAAAUUAAUAAUUAGAUAAAAUUUAAAAUUUGAAAGAUUUUUUGACAAUUUUAAACAAAAAUUUCGAGAUGGACGAUAAUUUCAAAAAUAACAUGAAAAAAACACUUUAAGAAGUUAAAAAAGAACUAAAAAAUAUAAUUUCUUUUUCCGAAUAAGAAACAUUAAUUUUAGCCUCUUUAAUAUUUAUUUGUGCAAAUCCAUAUUAGAAAUUUUGUGAUAUAAAAUUCGAUUUUAAUAAAUUUUAUGAAGAUAUAGAAAAUACGAAAAUCGAAGAUUUAAAAAAAUAAAUAUUAUUAUAAUUAGAAUGA